CCCAUCUCUUCUGGCUGUGUCGUCCUCGCUGAUCCCAAGCAGCCCAGAGGGCAGAGACGCCAUUACAGCCAGCUCGGGCAUCAACCUUUCCAGAACGCCGCCCAUCCAACCUCCACCCUCAACCACACCUUCAUCCGCAAGGGGCACCAGCCGACAUUGUCAACGCCUGGAUAUCUAUGCCAUCCAACAUGCGUCUGGCGGCAUACGGAGCCAUCUCAACGGCGCUGACCCUGGUGGUCAUUGCCAACGCCUGGGCCGAUCGUGAGCAAUUCUAUUCAGCCUGCAUCCAUCUCGUUCAAUCCAACUCGAGUCUUCUGGUCCUGCUCAACAUGGGCCUCUUUUUGAUCAUCGUGUUUGCACGGAUGGGACAAUGGAUCUUCUUUGGCGAGCUGCGGGCUAUGGAGAUUGAGCAUCUCUAUGAGCGAUCGUGGUUCGCCGUCACCGAGACCUGCCUCGCCAUGACGAUCUUCCGCGACGAGUUCAAUGUGCUCUUCCUCAGUCAGUUUACCCUCCUGCUGCUGGCCAAAAUCUUCCACUGGGUCACGCAAGAUCGAGUCGACUUUAUGGAGCAAACGCCCAACCAUCGGCUCGUGUUUCAUGCACGCAUGAUCGGCAUCAUCGGCAUUCUCGCCGUGGUGGACUUUAGCAUGGUGUUCUUCACCGUCGAUCGCAUGCUUUCCCAGGGCGUUGGCAUGAUGAUCAUCUUUGGCUUUGAGUACACCAUCCUUCUCUGGAGCAUCACGGCAACCUUUGUCAAGUACAUUCUGAAUGCCAUUGACUUGCGCAACGAUACGCCAUGGGAAGAAAAGUCGAUGUAUGUCUUUUACCUGGAACUGAUCAUUGACUUUUUGAAGCUGGUCACGUACAGCCUCUUCUUUGUCAUUGUCGUCAACUACUAUGGCCUGCCUCUGCACAUCGUCCGGGACAUCUACGUCACCUUCCGAAACUUUAUCCAGCGCUGCAAGGACUUGAUCCAGUAUCGCCGUGCGACCGCCAACAUGCACACUCGAUAUCCCACCGCGACCGUCGAGGAACUCAAUGCCACCGACCGCAUCUGUAUCAUUUGCCGCGAGGAGAUGGAGUCGCUGCCAGGUGCGGGAGAAAACCCUGCGGCGCCCGCACCUGCUGCUGCUGCUGUUGCUGCCCCUGGGGCUAUGGCUGGCGGCGCGUCCAUGUCGGAAUUGCCCAAAAAGUUGCCAUGCGGACACAUCUUCCACUUCCGCUGUCUGCGGAGCUGGCUCGAGCGCCAGCAGAGUUGCCCAACUUGCCGCCGCUCGGUGCUGGACGAUGCCGCCAAUGCCAAUGCCAAUCCCAAUGCCAAUCCCAAUGCCAACGCUGCUCAAGGUGCUCGCCCCCAGCCUCAGGCUCAGGGUGUCCCACAAGGUCCUGUCCUGCCACAGCAGCCCGCCGGAGCGCUUGCCCAACCAGCCAAUAUCCUCCAAGCUCUGCUUGAGCAGGCACGGCGUGCACUGCCCGACAACAGACCCCCUGCAGCACCUUUCCAACCCCAGGCACCUCUGAACGUCCCACGCGGCCCAGAGCCGCACCAGAAUGGUCCCGUCCAACCGACUCAGCCGGUUGUGCCCGCUCAUUCCGCCCCAUCAGCUUCAGCAGCGUCCUCAUCGAGUUCCGCACAUCCUAUCCUGCAAGCUACCGCAACGAUCGGCUCCAACUCCUAUCCCGUCUUGCUGCGGCCGCUGCUCCCAUCAGGCCAGGACGCGGUCUCGGUAGAUUUCGACAACUUUACAGACAGCCAGCUGCAGCUUCUCGAGGGUCGUUCGCGCCAGGCGGUGCUCGCUCGACUGCGCGAGCUCUACAAAGUUCAGACCCAACUCAACAGCGUGAUCCGCAACCUCGAAGCAAUCUCGGGCCUGAUGCAGGAUGGUGGCCUCGGCACCACAACCGGCUCGGGCGCCGCCGAUGCCGUUUCGCUCGGACAGGUGCACGCCGGACCCGACAAGGGCAAGCGACCGGCCGAGUGAGGAGAGCGUGUCCAAUAGAAGCCGGUCCGAGCCGAUCCGAGUCAAGCUGACCCAAUGGACCCGAGUGGAGACGAGCCGAGCGGAUGUGAGCGCGGAGCGGCUGCGAAUAACAGCAGACAGAGGCCACAAGCCCGUGCGCUUGCAUGGAUGCCGGGUGGAUGGGCGAAUCAAGCCCCCUCCGUCCAAGCGGAUAAGCCACAGAUACAGCUCGAAUUGUGCCAUGAGUGGGUGCCGUGGGUUGUGCCGCGAGCGGAUGGCGG